CAUUUUUCGUCUCCUAGGUUGGAAAGUUCAUUGGCUCAAUGCAAUAAAGCUCCUUUAUCCUUGGACUUUGUAAUGUCCCUUAACAUUCUCAAUUUUAUUGAUGAAUCGAGAUAACCUAGCAUUGGUCUUUUUUCUGUAACAGCUAGGGAUGGGAAGUGCCGUGGAGACACUAUGUGGCCAAGCUUACGGGUCAAGCCGAUACGAUAUGAUGGGCAUUUACAUGCAAAGAGCGAUGGUCGUGCUCACCGCCACUGGAAUCCCGCUCACCAUCAUUUUCGUUCUGUCAAAGCCCAUAUUGCUCCUGCUCGGAGAAUCGACAGAAGUGGCGUCUGCGGCGGCAGUAUACGUGUACGGCCUCAUCCCGCAGAUAUUCGGCUACGCCUUGAACUUCCCCAUACAAAAGUUCCUCCAGGCACAAAGCAUAGUCCGGCCCAGCGCCUACAUUUCGGCGGCCACGCUCUGUGUUCACAUCUUGCUAAGUUGGCUAGCUGUGUACAAGUUGGGUCUAGGGUUGAUAGGUGCAUCACUGGUACUGAGCUUGUCAUGGUGGAUAAUAGUAGGGGCCCAGUUCAUUUACAUAGUAACGAGCCGCCAGUGCAAGCAGACAUGGACGGGGUUCAGCUGGCAAGCCUUUUCGGGGCUGUGGGACUUCCUCAAGCUCUCGGCUGCAUCCGCCGUGAUGCUGUGCCUCGAGGUUUGGUACUUCCAGAUCUUGGUGUUGAUCGCCGGGUUGCUUCCCGACCCCGAGCUCGCCCUUGACUCUUUGGCUGUUUGCAUGGCAAUACAAGCACUGUUGUUCAUGGUCUCCGUGGGGUUUAAUGCUGCUGCAAGCGUGAGGGUGGGAAAUGAACUAGGGGCGGGGCAUCCAAAGUCAGCAGCAUUCUCAGUGGUGAUUGUGAACUUGGUCUCCUUCAUAAUUGCUGUGAUUGAAGCGAUUAUAGUGAUGGCACUGAGAAAUGUAAUCAGCUAUGUAUUCACAGAAGGUGAGACAGUGGCCAAUGCCGUCUCUGAACUCUGCCCAUACUUGGCAGUCACUCUCAUCCUCAAUGGUGUCCAGCCUGUUUUAUCCGGGGUCGCCGUGGGAUGUGGGUGGCAAGCCUUCGUGGCCUACGUUAACGUGGGAUGUUAUUACGUGGUUGGAAUUCCAAUUGGUUGCAUCCUUGGAUUUAAGUUCGACCUAGGUGCCAAGGGAAUAUGGUCGGGUAUGAUAGGUGGUACGGCCCUCCAGACUCUGAUUUUAAUUUGGGUCACAUACCGCGCAGACUGGAACAAAGAGGUGGAGAAAGCUAAAGGACGUUUGGACAAAUGGGAAGACAAGAAAAAGCCCCUCCUGAAGAGCUAAUCCUCUAAUUUAGUCAACUCGGUUAGUGUCGCUAUGAAGGCCAAGCCAACUUAUUUCGAGGGCAUCUAACUUUUUUGUUCAGCCAAUAACCUGCACGCACUGUUAGCCCAAUGGCAAUGAACC